GACUCAAUAGAAUUACAGGCUCAUUAUCCUUUAUUAUAAUAAAAAAGUCAUUAGAAUUGUGGACUGGAUACAAGCACCUACUAGGUACUGGAGGUAGGGAUGCAAGAAGCGGAAACAGACCCUCUAGCUGGGGGACACAAAGGACACAGGCGCACACAAAAUAGAUACGGGAUGAUUGGCAGGAGGGGAUUCCCGACAGGCUUCUUGUACAAAGUGUGGCAAGAUCUGAGUCUGGAAAAAGCCCCGAGGAAGCAGAGAAGGUUUUGUAAAAACGUUUUUCCGAUGCUUUGCGCUUUUUACAAAUGUUAUCUCAUUUUUAAUCUUAUUUAAUCUAUCGGAAACCAGGGGGAAGCCCUGGGCGCAGUCUGUCAGGAUACACAACCACCUGAGGGCGACCCAAAGGAGGUGGGCGGAGCCACGAAGUGACGCUAGAGGGCGUGGGACGAAGGCGGGUUUUUCUGUCACUUUCGACCAAUCGUGGGGCGCGCCGUCGCUGCGCCUGCAGCCGAUUGGCGGUUGCCAUAGUCUUGGGCAUUCCGUUGACAAGAUGGCGGUGGUGGCGGCUGUCCGGGCUUCGCUGACGCUUCUUCCUUUCUGCCCCUAGCUCGUGCCGCCUGCCGAGGAUCGCAGAGCCGGGGCCGGGCCGCGGUGCGGCAGCACGGGGAGGCGAGCCCGCAGCCAUGGGCCCGGCCCGGCCCCGCCCGCCAGCAGCCCCGCAGCUCCUGCUGCUGCUCCUGUUCCUGCUCUGCUUCCCAAGGGCCCUGUGGGGAGACGUUGUUUUUCUCCCGCCUUUCAUUCGAAUGUUUGACACGUCGGUUACUGCAGCCUUGGUUGGAGACACAGAGAAUGUCAGUGUGACGCUCACCCUGGGGGACGAUGCGCUGGGAAUUCUGCCCAUGCCUGACUGUGGGUUGCAGAGUAAUGGAACAGGCAAUUGGAGUCUGACCGUGACCCCUCACGUGAGGGGCUCAGAAGUGACUGUAAGAUUGGAUGGCGAUUUGCAGCCGUGUGUCCCAGAGACCGAUUUCUUCUCUGAGUAUCCCUGUAUUGUCGAAACACUUCUGGUUUCUGCCUCCCACAACUCCUCCUGUUUGGCACACUUACUCAUCCAAGUUGAGAUCUACCCAAAUACUUCCUUUGCCCAGAAUGUUUCAGGUUUUGCAACCAGUAAAAGAGAAAACAGGACAAAGAAAAAGAUGAAAAGAAAGACAGGAGAGAACGCCACCAUCAUCCCCAACCAGGUGUAUCAGCCCCUCGGCCCCUGCCCCUGUGACUUGUUCAUUGGGGCCUGUGAUGUCCAGUGCUGCUGUGACCAGGACUGCACGCCCCACUUAAAGGACCUGUUCAGAGAACACUGCUUUACGGGAGUUUUUGGUGGAAAUGUAAAUCCGCCUUUUGACCACCUGUGCUCUACCCCCGUAACAGAAGAGGUGUCGGAUUUGUUCCCCUUCUUGUGUGUUCAGUCCUCCCUGGAAAACACUCCUUUCCUUGGUUAUUUCUACCAUGGCUCGAUUUCACCUAGGACAGAGCACACCUUCAGAGUACCUAGACACAGCAGCAGCACCAGCUGGCUGGAUCUUGGCUAUUGGCAAGACAGACCAAUCGUUACAUCGAAAAAUGAAUUCUUCACCAUACCCCAGGUGUCCUUGGUGGGGCAAUGUGUUCAAAAGGCCCCCGUGGCCUUCCUUCGGAAUUUUGAUUCAAACUGUGCUACUAACUUGACAACAUAUCAAGAAAGGGAAAAUAUUAGUGAAGUGAGAUUAAUAAACAGUAUUGGUGAAGACUGGAUCGUACCCCAAGUGGUCUAUGAGGAAUCAACGGCUUUAAACAAGUUCAUCUAUGACACAGAAACAAUUCUUCACCCCGGGCCAACUUUCAAAUUGGUGCACUUGGAAGAGCAUUAUACUUUCAGAUGGAAAGAGAACAAAAUCACUGAAUUAAAUGUCAGAAUCAUUUGGGCAAAAAUUCAUGCUGACCAGCAAGGAAUAUUGACACAGAGAUUUAAAGUAACAUUUUUAACCUUCAAUGCUACGGAGGGCCUGAAACGAUCUGGAAAUCCAGGUUACCACCCUGGCAAGCCUGUGAGAGUCCUGAAUGUCGCAAGUGCUGAUAACGUCUCCACAAUAAACCUUUGGCGGCCAGUUGGCAGCGGACUGUGCACGGAAGUGGAAACCAGCCCAGUUUUGUUUGGAGAAGACGCUGUGUCUGGAUGCCUCUGGGAGGUUGCCAUUGAUGAAAACUGUACCCACCUCAGGGCAGAAGUUAUGAAUAGACUUAAAUCAUUAGUACAAGCUACUCAUGUGGCCAAGAAAGGCAACGCAGAUUAUGGGAACAUUCACGAUGGCUGGUUGAAAAUAAUAUGGAGAGAUACACAUUUUCCUCAGGAAGGGCCCUAUUUUAUGGAUAUAAAAGGCAUCUGCCCUGAUGUGCCUUCCAUGAUGACUGUCCACUUCCUUAUUUCGAAUAGUGGUAAUUUGGAAGGGAUUCCCCAGGAUGUGAUACUUGGUGCAGAGGUCAGCUUUUCUUCUGUUACCUGGCAGUUCCACUGUGGGAUCACCUGUGAAGAUAAACCUAGUUUUUUCCCGCUUAGUGUCUCAGUCCAGUUUAUUAGAAUACCUCCUCAGCUGACCCAGCCACUGACAAGUUUCCAGAUCAGCCUUGCAAACCGUGACUGCACCAACAAUGAAGUCUGCUGGUCAGAGCUUAUAUUCCCCUUGAGCAAGAAUUAUCAAGGAGAGUAUCACUAUUCCUGCCUUGCCAAAAGCUUGAUGCUGAUCUUCAUCUUCAGCUUGAUUAUAUUCAUCAGAAACCCGUGGAUCAGAGAGCACAUGGUUUGGGGCUUAUCCGCCUUUUAACUCCUCAAGGCUUCAGAGAGCAAUGGCAGCCUAGUGGUCAGGAUUUGAGACCAGGAUGGAAAACUUCUCUUAGUUUCACUUUUCCUUUGUAUUUUUGUAAAAAGAUGGUAUUCUUUAAUAGUUAGUUUGUUUUUAAAUGUACUUGCUCAAAAGGCUGGCUGCUAGCCAGUUGAUUUGAUUUUAGCUUCAGCAGCUCUAAGAUACUAGCUUCUAAGAGGCACUGGCUUCCAGAGGGGGCUUGAUCUACCCCAGUGGUAGUGAUAUUUGUACCGGGAAAAUCACAAAUCGUGAAAGGGGAGAAGUCAAUAGAGCUGUCUGUCAUUGAGGGAAAUCUUAGCAUCCUCAAAGUGACGUGUCCAAGGCUACACAGUUAGCAUACACAUUAGUAGAGUUGAGACUAGGACCUUAAAAUAAAAUGUUAGAAAGUGUGAAUUAUUGAAAGAGUUAAAUAUGUAUUCAUAAACUGUAAAUGUAUGCUUACGAUCAAUCUCUUUAAAGAAACUCUUGUUUUAAAACAAUAAGAACUGAUUUUUUUUUUUCAAAAAUACACUUAGAUUUAUAUCACUUUACCAGAUGAUCUUUGGUUUAAAUAGAUUUUUGUGUACUAUGAAUAAAUUUUUUCUUUUUGAGAAA